GAGGCCGGUGCAGGCCGGCGGCGGCGCAGGAAUGGCGGGCACGUCCGAUCUGGACCGCCAGAUCGAGCAGCUGCGCCGCUGCGAGUACAUCAAGGAGGCGGAGGUCAAAGCGCUCUGCGCAAAGGCUCGAGAGAUCCUCGUCGAGGAGUCCAACGUGCAGAGGGUGGACGCGCCAGUCACGAUCUGCGGCGACAUCCACGGCCAGUUCUACGAUCUGAAGGAGCUCUUCAAGGUGGGCGGCGACGUGCCUGACGCCAACUACCUCUUCAUGGGCGACUUUGUCGACCGCGGCUUCUACUCGGUCGAGACCUUCCUGCUGCUGCUUGCGCUCAAGGUGCGGUAUCCGGACCGCAUCACGUUGAUCCGAGGCAACCACGAGUCGAGGCAGAUCACGCAGGUGUACGGCUUUUAUGAUGAGUGCUUGCGCAAGUACGGCUCGGUCAACGUCUGGCGGUACUGCACGGAGAUCUUCGACUACCUGUCGCUCUCGUCGCUGAUCGAGGACAAGAUCUUCUGCGUGCACGGCGGCCUCUCCCCCUCCAUCAACACCCUCGACCAGAUCCGCGUCAUCGACCGGAAGCAGGAGGUCCCUCACGACGGCGCGAUGUGCGACCUGAUGUGGUCCGACCCGGAGGACAUCGACGGCUGGGGCUUGUCUCCGCGAGGCGCGGGCUACCUCUUUGGCGGCGACGUGGUCGCCCAGUUCAGCUCGACCAACUCGAUCGACCUGAUCGCGCGCGCGCACCAGUUGGUGAUGGAGGGGUACAAGCACAUGUUCAACGACACGCUGGUGACCGUCUGGUCGGCGCCAAACUACUGCUACCGCUGCGGCAACGUCGCCGCCAUCCUCGAGCUGGACGAGCACCUCAACAAGAACUUCAAAAUCUUCGAGGCGGCGCCGCAGGACCAGCGCGGCGUCCCCGCGAAGAAGCCGGCGCCAGACUACUUUCUGUGAUCCCAGCGAGGGGAGAGGGGGUCCGGCCCCCCCUCCCACCUUCCUGGGUCCCGCGUGUCGAGUAGUGCAUGGCGGCGGCGGCGGCGGGCGCCCGUGUGGAGAGCAUUGUGUGAGACUCACUGGGACUGGGGGCGCAGUCCGCCGCCCGCCCCGCCCGUCUCCGUGACUGCAUCCCCCGACGCCCGAUUUCGCGCCCAUUAUUGUACGUUGAACGCGUUAUUGCGCGCAGGCAUGAGAGAAACCGAC